AAAAAAAAAAAAAAAAAAAAAAAAAAAAGAACAAAAAGCACGGAUUCUUUCGAUCCCAAUGGAACAAGAUCAUCCUCCGUUGUCCUGGCCGGACGUCGCAGCCACCGGUGACGAUGAAUUCUCCAGUUUCCUCGAGUUCGGAAUGCACUUCCCCGACCUGGAAGGGCAGGCCUCGGCCGAUCAUCAUUCUCAGCGCUCGAUCGCCCAUUCUAUCUCCAUCCCUGCCUCCACGGCUCCAUCCGCCCAGGAACAGCUCGUUCGCAUGGACACCGACCCCAUCGCCGCUCAACCAUCGUCGUACAAUCGCGUCAUGGGGGAUUAUUCCGUCGGCAAUCAAGGGCAGCCGCAGCUUGCCAUUUCCUCGUCCUACUCCUCCCCCUUGACCCCGGCCUUCAUCGCUCAGAAGCCUUCGUUCUUCCAGCAUUCGCAAUCGCAACAGCCUACGCAGGACCAGUCGCAUCGCCACUCCCAUUGCCCCCCCGCGACUCAGCCAUACAUCCCUCAUGGCCAGCAGGUGAUCCCGCCGACUCCCAAUAGCAUUGAGCUCCAGGGAAAUGCGGCCACGUACCCGCAGCGCAUAGAAGAGAACCAUGAGAUGUACGAUCGCUAUGCUCGUUUGAACGAGGAACAGGCUCUCUACACCCCCCUUGUUUCGCCCGCCAUGACUCCGCUGGAAACUCAGUUUCGGCUGCCAGAGUACACGAUUCCGGGCGAGUAUUUCACUCCUCUCACCUCGCCCGCUCUCGAAGCCCAAAAUGCGACCUCGAAUGGCUACCCCUUCCCGGCCGCCCAGAUGUCGGACAUGGGAUUCAUGCCGUCGCCAGCCGACAACGCCGUUCCCGCCUCGUCUGCCCCGUCGUCUCCGGGAUUAACGCGGAAACAUCGUCGCGGAACGUCAACGACCAAGACGUUCUCUGCCCGUGCGAAGAAGCAGCAAUCCCCCUCGGUGCGACCCCAAACGCGGAAGAAGUCCCUUCUGAACAUCAACUCCGACGAGGUUCUCAACGGUCUCGCCCAGGACCAGGGAGACCCGAAGGCUCGGCCCUUGGGUGGUAGCAGCCUUAGAUUUGGCAGCAAUGAGAGCUCGGGGCAGGAUUCUGUCUCCCCGGAGCCCCUCUCUGAACCCUUGAUGCCUCCGCCAGCCCUCCCUCCGACUCGGAGGUCUCCUGCGGUUGGUCCGCAGUCUGAUACCAGCGAGCCGGCAACUCCAGCCAUGUUGAUGCGCAUUCAGCGGUCUCAGCAACUAACCCCGACUGCCGCCAAUCAAACACCGGGCCAGAUUCAAGUCGGUCCGUCCGAGUCGCACGACGAUAUCAUGGAGGAUAUCGUUCUCCCGGAAGCUACCACGCCUGCGGCGCAUCUUUCCCGGCCCCAGGUCAACCGCAUUGACACCUCCAUCCGUGCAGGUACAGCUUCGCCGGCGACGUCAGCCAGCAACACUCCGGCCCUUGAAAUCAAACCGGCCUCAAACACGGAGCGGAGCGCCGGGUCUAUCGCACCCAGCCCGCGCUCUAUUGCCAUGCCUUCGCCCAGCGGACCAGUGGCCAAAAAAUCGGACACGCCCAAGCUUGGUCCCUCGAGCCGAAAACGACCGAGUAUCAGCUCCACGCAGGCCAGCCCCAACCUGCGCCCCAAGAUCAGCCCAAGUAUCCAGCCUCUAGUCCGUGGAGACGGAGUCUCGGGCGAAACGUCCGCUCUAUAUCUAGCAUCCAAGUCCAACUACCAGCACAUCUUGGAUGGCACUCUUCUUCCUGGAGUUUCCUACCCCGAGACCUUGGCCGAGAACUUGAGUUCCAAGCGAACGAAUCACAAACUCGCAGAGCAGGGUCGCCGAAACCGCAUCAAUAACGCACUCAAGGAAAUUGAAACUCUCAUUCCCCUGGAGUUUUUCCACUUGAAAAACGCCAAGGAAGAAGCUCUGUGCAGCGCGAAAGGUGUGGAUAAGGAAAAGGAGAAGGCUGGAAACCAACAGGUCAGCAAAGCCAGUACGGUGGAAAUGGCCAUCGAUUAUAUCAAAGCGCUCAAGCAAGAGCUUGAAGAGACGAAAGGAAAGCUGAAGUCAGCCGAGACCCGGCUCGAUACCUCCAAGAUCACCUCGGAUGGAAUGGUCGGUCCUGAGAGCGACUCCUUGGACAAGUCCACACAGGAGGGAACGAACGGCGAGGCCCCGGAAAAGAAUGGCUCUGCAUAGUCUUUCGGGCUACGUGCGGAGACGAUUGCGCUCUUGUGGGAUGCAUUUUCUCCGGGGAGAAAUGUAUGUUACGCGAGAUGUUUCACGACACCACGUUUGAGAACAAAUUGUUAAUAUUCACGAUUGAAGAGAGUUGUCGAUUUGAUUCUGCAUGUAUAAAUGGGGUGGUCUAGUUUUUGAUAUUCCCAAUUCGUUCAUUUGAUUCAAUCUUGAUUUGUUUUCUUCCUUUUUAUAUGAUUGAUGAUUUUAACUUUGACUAGUGGAUGUGACUUUCGAAUGUCCUUUUCUACCAACCGAUCUGCAUUGCAGCUCUGCUAGAGGAUUCAAUACUCUGUAGCGCCAGAAUUGACCGAC